AUGCUUAACAAAAAAUCUAAUAAACGUCUUUUAUCUGAUAAAGAGUCUUCUGAUGGAAAUAAACAUAAAAUUAAAAGUUUGAUAAUGAUCAUUGCAAGAGGAAAACAAAAGGAAAUAGACCUAAAAGACAUAAUAAUUGAUUGGACGAAUGACGAAGUAAAUUUCUUCACAUCAACCUCUCGAUACGGGCAGCCUGGCUCUUCAAAAAAUAUGACCAAAAAGGCUUAUUCAUCAAAGUCAGUUUAUAUCAUGGAUUCUGCCUCUAAACAAUAUGAUGAUAAAGGUAGAAGCCAGGAAAGAACAUUUGAUAAUAGACCUCAAUUGGAAAAAUCAUGA